AUGGCUACAAACCUUCCACUUCCAUUACCUCCGCGCACCCCAACCCCUCCUGCAGAUGAUUAUACAGAGCAACAUGUGCCCCGAACUGUCGACCGCGAUGCCUUGUCGCCACUGCGGGAGACAUUCCCGAAAGGCAUAUCACUAGAUUCAGAAUACCAGGAUCGUCUCAGUCCUUCGAAGGUUUCAUUCAAUUUGAGCCCUGGACCUUCAAAUUACUCCGUGUCGCUGCAAAAUGGCUCAACCGAUUCUACCUCGGCGGCGGGGCCGUUCAACUUCGAUACCACCGUGAUGGCAAAGGGACCGGUAGCAAAGUCGAACAUUGGACAGCGUCGUGGCCACAAAUACAAACACUCUAGUAUCUCACAUCAAAUCUUCCUAGAACCUCCUCCCCGAGCUCCAUUGGCCCUGCCCAAUUCACUUCCAAUCCCUACUCUGAAGGAAUACCGUGCUAGUAUGUCGAAAGAACAGAAAACACGGUUUUGGUGGAGUGUGUGCCACAUGUUUGUGGCUGGAUAUACUCUCUGGACAGCACACGGGUCGUUGGCUAUAACUGCGUUGUCCCAUUUAAUAUUGUUCGACUCACUGGGCGCCAUGCUAUGUGUUGUUGUGGAUGUUCUGAGUAAUUUCGAAGUCUGGAAGCGAUCUAGUAUUCGUCAUCCAUUUGGCCUGGAGCGGGCUGAGGUACUUGCUGGGUUCGCGAUGUGUGUCCUACUUCUAUUUAUGGGCAUGGACCUGAUCUCUCACAAUCUUGAACACUUCCUUGAGAAAUCUGGUCACGAGCCACACCAUACACACGCCCAUGAGCGGGUUUCGGUGGGAAGUGUAGAUGUUACUGCCGUUUUGGCAAUUUCGUCUACCCUUGUUUCUGCAAUUGGGUUGAAGAACCAUGCUCGCAUUGGAAAAACGAUGCGCUUUGCAUAUAUCGAGUCUCUGCCAUCAGUCUUGAGCAAUCCCUCUCAUUUCCUCACCCUUUCAUGCUCCGCUCUCUUACUAUUUCUGCCUCUGGUAUCGAUCCGUAUAUAUGGCUGGCUUGAUAAGCUUCUAUCAGGCACUAUCGCUAUCUCGAUGUGCGUUUUAGGGGUGAGCUUGGUGAGGACAUUGGGCUCAAUGCUUCUUAUGUCUUACUCCGGUGAAGGAGUUUCUGAUGUCGUUAAGGAUAUUGAAGCAGAUCCAUCAGUCUUUGGUGUGGAUGAUGCUCGUUUCUGGCAGGUUCACUAUGGACUUUGCAUGGCCAAUCUCAAACUCCGUGUUUCUGGAUCUGAGGAUAAUGUAUCUCGGCUGCGUGAGAAGAUUUCUAGUUUGAUUCGGAACCGACUCGGUGGGGGAUAUGGUAGCGGAGGUCAGAGGUGGGAAGUUUCCCUGCAGUUUACCAUUGAGCGCGAUUAA